UAUUAUUUCCACCAGGAGGCCGGGGAGGCGCUAAGGAAUCUCAUUGGUCUCAUCUGACCCCUGGGUGAACAGCGUCACAGGCGAUGUGUCAUUCUACCCAGAUCUUGUUGAUCACUAACCUCAUUCCCUCCCGUCUGUCAUGUAAUUCCACAACUAGAGCAUGAUUAUAGAGAUAUUAUUAUUUGCAGCGGCGUAUGGAGCAAAAUAGCUGUUAAAGCUGCCAGUGUUUUUGCGCAAAAAUCGACUUUUUCGUCAUUUUGGACAGUAUGUUCACAGUAGGCAAAAUGUCCCUUAUCGCUAUGGCUCUGCCAGUGAUGACCGUCCUCCUCUCCUCCUGGCAGGUGGGUGCCACUGAUGACUGCUUGUGGUACGUGGAUAAGAAUGGCACGUGGCACAACGGUAUCCCCUGUCCCCUGAUGACCUUCUGUUGUGGGAAUUGCCACAAGCGCUACUGUUGCCUGGACGGCCUCAAAAGGAUCACUGAGAGGGAGCAGAAGCGCUGCGUGCUCUUCCAGUUCAGCCCUACCACCAUCGCUGGUAUUGCUUCGUCCAUCUUGCUCUUCGUGGCUAUCAUUGCUACCAUGGUGUGCUGCUUCAUGUGUUCCUGCUGUUACCUUUACCAGCAACGGCAGCAGCGUGGCAGGACUCCCUAUGACGCCCAGCACAUCCCAAUGGCCAGCUACCCUGUGGAGCCCAUGUAUGACGCUUACGGCAAGCCGCUGGUGAUGGGACAUCCUGAUUAUCAGCACCCUGGUUACCCAAUGGCACCUCAGUAUUCUGGCAUGCCCCAGCCAUACCCCAUGAUGCAACCUGGGCCGUUCCCCCCGUACCCCAUGGCAGACCCUGGCUACCCUCAGGGAGCACCCCCUCCUUACUCCCCGCCACAGUACACUCCCCACCCCGGUCACUGAUGGGAUGAAAGCAAGUACUGUACAUGGAGAGGAGAAACAAAGUAUGGACUGCGUCAAGAAGAGAAGGCGACCACAAGAAGGCAACCAUGGCUCCGGCUCUCCUAGCGGUUGCCCAGUGAAAGAUAACCAGAGGCACUUUAUUGUCCUUUAUUUUCUACAUCCUUUAAAGGAACAGAGCAAUGCUGAGUUGGGUUCUCCUGUCUGUCCUGACACUGAACUUGAUUCCCACUGACAGUCUAAUGUGGAAAAUGUCACACCAUUCCGAGUGAGGUAACCAACCUGCAUCCUUCAUCCAUGCACUUACUCUGACAUCUAUAUCCCUCGCAAUUAGUGUAACCCAAAACCACAUUCUUCAAGGUCACAUGCUUUGUUUGACAUUAAUUCUCUGCUUAAGACAUUUGACUUGAGGAAUGGUGAACAUCUGUUUUCACAUGUUUGCUUGGCUUUAAUCCGGUAGUGGACAGAGCGAGGGUCAUACCUGCAGAUAACAGGGUGUGUGUGAGAGCUGGUUGACUCUUAUCUGUUGUAUAAAAGUCAGAAUGCUCAGAAGAGUUGACGGCUCCUCUCGCUCUGUCGGACCCCUUUAGUCAGCUCUCCAUGGGGAUUUAUUUGUUAUCUCAUGCUCAGCUUGUCUUCUGUAAUCGAUUAACAUUUACUUUAUGUAUAUUAGAAUGUCAGUUAGACAGUACAUGUUCUGCUACAUCCCAAUGUGUCAUGGUACUCAGUUGUCAGAAAUGCGUUGAUUUAUUAGUGGAAUCAGUGUAAAUGUUAAUUUUCAGUAAAAUAUCCAGCCAAUAUUUAACUUAAAUAACAAAUCUGAGCCUUGUGUCAUCGUGAAUUCAAGAAACUAUUUCAAGACAUAUUUUGUAAACAAUAUUUUAACAUGUCUUAUUAUUGUUGUAACAGACACACCUUUUUAGAAAUGUUUGACCAUGAAAUGCUUCGAGCAUUUCCUUACAUUGUUUUAUUUAUGGCUAUGAUCUUUUUCUCUGAGCCAUUGUUGUGCACCUUGUAGGAUGUUUGAACUGUACAGUAGAGCCUGACGUGUUGAGCAUGUUGUACAGUUUACUAUGAGUGACCACUGAAAGGCUCGUCCCAGGUCAAAUGUGUUGGAUAAGGUGACAUUCUAUUUUACCCACCCUGAGAUUCUUAAUAGAUUUUUCUAUUGAAUAAUAUUGAGAAUUUUAGCAUAUUUGUUCAGAGAGGAAUGAUGAAGCAAUCAUGCAAUAGAUAUACAGAUUCUUCUUGGCCAGCCAGUGUUUAAAAGUGUCAAUGUAAAACAGUGACAUACUCUUAUUUAUAAACCCUAUUGAUAUUUUAUUAUUUGAAUUGGAUUACUGUAAUAUUUAUUGUCAACAUGUAAAGUGUACAUACCUUGGUGAGAGAACGUUUGAACUGUUUAGAAUUUCUGCCUACAUUUGACCUAGAAUGUGAUGAGAUCUUCACCUAAGUCCUACUAAUAGAUCAAGUUGACCCUGAUUUUAAACAAAUAACACAAAAACAGUUGUACCCUUUCAUUUCUUUAUUGAGAAAAUUKAUCCAACAUUACAUUUCUUUGUUGGAAAAAGUACGUGAACCUCUAGAUGAAUCAUCUUAAUUAAGUGUAUUAAAGUAGUCUAARGUUGA